ACGAAAAGUAUGUUGCUCCCUUCUCUCUUUUUCACUCACGUACAAGUCCCCCAGUCCGAUCACAUUCACCCGUUCUCUCACUCAUGACCUUGUAUUUCUGGGAAACACUUAGGUCUGAUAUUUAUAGUUUCGGAGUCAUAUUAUGGGAGCUGGCCACUGAGAGGAUACCUUGGGAAAAUCUCAACUCGAUGCAGGUUAUUGGAGCUGUAGGGUUCGUGAACCAUAGGCUGGAGAUCCCGAAGGAAGUAGAUCCACGAUGGGCUUCGAUAAUCGAGAGUUGCUGGCACAGUGAUCCGCUGUGCCGGCCGACGUUCCAGGAACCACUCGACAAGCUAAGGGAUCUUCAGAGACAAUAUACACUCCAGUUUCAGCAAGCCCGUAACAUGGGUGGAGAUGGAUCUCAAAAGGAACCAUGAGCCAAAUGUUUGUAUUUUUGGGUGCCAUUAUUU